GGAGACCAUAAUACGCGACCCUCGACGCGCUUUACCGUUUCACCUUGCUUGCUUUACUCCGCGAUUCCUGAGGGCAGCACCAUGAGUGCCGACACGAAUAUCAAGGUCGUCGUACGAUGUCGGCCUCUGAACUCUCGAGAGCAUGCUCGAGGAGCGAAGGAGCUCAUCCGGAUGAUGGGGAACCAGACCUUUCUCGACCCGCCUGAACAUGUCGGCAACGCAGCCAAGGCGAUCGAGAAGAAGACAAUGGCAUUCAGCUUUGACAAGUCUUACUGGUCUGCGGGUCCGAGAGAUGCCCCGGAGUAUUGCAGUCAGCAGACGUUGUACGAUGAUUUGGGGAAGGAGUUGCUCGAUCAUGCUUUUGAGGGGUUCAAUGCUUGUAUUUUAGCUUAUGGUCAAACCGGUUCGGGCAAGUCGUACAGUAUGAUGGGAUACGGUCUGGAUAAGGGUAUUAUACCCCUGACAUGUGAAGAGUUAUUCCGUCGGGUAGUGAGCAAGACAUCUGGGAACCCAAACCUUUCGUUUACAGUCGAGGUUUCUUAUAUGGAAAUCUAUAAUGAGAAAGUCCGAGAUCUGCUGAAUCCCAAGAAUAGUGGGAACCUGAAAGUGCGAGAGCAUCCCGUCAUGGGUCCAUAUGUCGAAGAUCUCGCGAAACUUGUGGUGGGCUCAUAUGACGAGAUGAUGACCCUCAUGGACGAAGGCAACAAGGCUCGAACGGUCGCCGCAACAAACAUGAACGAGACUUCAUCACGCUCCCACGCGGUGUUCACAUUGAUCCUUACGCAAAAAAUCCACGAUGAGGCGUUAAACUUGGACGCUGAGAAGGCGUCUCGAAUCUCGCUUGUUGACCUUGCAGGGUCAGAGCGUGCAAACUCAACCGGAGCGACAGGGCAGCGACUGAAGGAGGGAGCCAACAUCAACAAGAGUUUGACUACCUUGGGGAAGGUUAUUGCAUCACUCGCUGUGGCUAGCGAAGCAACUGGCAAAGGUGGGAAGAAGAAGAAGGUUGAGGAGCAUAUUCCUUAUCGUGAUUCGGUCCUCACUUGGUUGCUCAAAGACAGUAUCGGCGGAAACAGUAAAACUGCUAUGAUCGCAGCGAUAUCGCCUGCCGAUUACGAUGAAACGCUCAGUACACUUCGUUAUGCCGACCAAGCAAAGAAGAUCAAGAACAAAGCCGUCGUGAACGAGGAUCCAAAUGCGAAGCUCGUUCGAGAGCUCAAGGAAGAACUAGAUCUUCUACGAGCCCGGGUCGCAUCUUCUUCGGCUGAGUCUACCUAUGACCCUACUGUUCCUGCGACCCAGCAAAUGGUCACGUACCAAACAGCGACCGGUGAAGUUAAGACCAUUAGCAAAGCCGAUCUGCAGGAGCAAUUGGAGGCAAGCGAAAAAUUGAUGAAAGAGGUCAACGAGACGUGGGAAGAGAAACUCGAGCGCACCAAGGCAAUCCAACAAGAGCGUGAACAGGCACUGGAGGAACUUGGUAUUACUGUCGAGCGGGACAUGGUCGGUGUUCAUACACCUAAGAGGAUGCCCCAUCUAGUUAACCUCAAUGAAGACCCUCUCAUGAGUGAAUGUCUAAUCUACCAGCUCAAGCCAGGAAAGACGAUGGUCGGUCGCUUGGACAGCGACAAGCCUGCUGUGAUCCGGCUGAGUGGCUCAGGGAUCUUGAAUGAACACUGCUUAUUUGAAAAUAACGAGGGCAAGGUCACCCUGCUGGCGAUGCCAGACAGCAUGACGAUGUUGAAUGGUAACAGAAUUUCAAGUGACAAGCCAUAUCGUCUGCGGUCCGGCUAUCGCAUUAUCCUUGGUGACAAUCACUUCUUCCGCUUUAACAACCCGGAAGAAGUGCGCAAGCGGCGAGAUCGCACAAAGAUGCACCAGAGCAUCUCAGCAGCCGACCUUGCAGCCGAAGGAAUAAAUGGCUCCCCCAGACCGGAAACUCCGGACUCCGCAGCUGGCGAUGACGUGGCCGAGGUUGACUGGACGUACGCGAAGCGGGAAGCAGCACUUGUCCACCUUAAUGGCCAGGGAGAAGGAUUUGAGAGCCUCCCAGACGAUGACCUCAACAAAUUAUACCACGAAAUUUCCAAGGUGAAGAAUCUCAGGGAAUAUGCCAAAAGCAGACCAGAAAGUAGUCUCAGCCAUGUGGAGGAGAUCUGGAGCGAUGGCCGCCCACCACCCAGUGAAAUCACGGACGAUACCAGCGUGGAGCCCAAUGGCGGCACUUCACACGGGAGCCCUUCUAUGGAAGACCAACCUCGCGAUGCUCAGGUACACCUAGAGCAUCAACGCGCAGAAUUUGAGGAGAGAUUGAACGCUAUGGCUGAUACAACUCAGACGGAAGACCUCGAAAUCGAGCGAGACCACAUGCAACUGCAACUCAAGCUUGUUCAAAAUCAGAUGAAACGACUGAUGGAGCUUCGAAAGACCGGUGCCAGCACCGUGGACUUUGUGCCUAUGGAGCCGGUUUUAUAUUCAGCUCGACAGCUUCGUCUAAUUCGCAAAGUUUUGGACAAAUGGCGUUCGCACAAAUCGUUUUCUAUGGCCGAAAGCGUCCUAUCGAAUGCUGUCAUCGUCAAAGAGGCGAAUGUUUUGAGCAAAGAACUGGACAAAGCUGUAUCAUACAACUUUACAGUCCUGUCUGGGGGUUCACUUUCGGCACCCACGUCGGCUUUGGAGGAUAUUGGUGCCCUUGGCGAGUUUGGCGAUGUCGCCGACCCAGUUCUUCUGUCCACGAAAGAGCCGACUGUUGGCAUCAAGGUCCUGGACAAGCGUCAUACGGCGGUGUACAUAUGGUCACUUGAUCGACUUCAGCAGCAACUGCAGCGUAUGCGAAAUCUCACCAGUUUCAUUGACCGGCCCUCUUAUUCGCGCCACUUUUCUUCGGAAGAGCCGUUCUACGAUCGCUCGCCGCCACAUUAUUCGUUUAUUGGAAACGCAUUGGUCUCACUGGCACCUUUAUCACGGCGAAUGUCUCCCGCAGCAACGAUACCGAUAUUCUGUCGUUAUACUGCUGAAGCAAUAGGCUCUUGUCGCGUUGAUGCACGGGUGCUUACUGUCAAUACACCUGCCCGGGGUGCUGUCAACGGAUCUGCUAUGACAAGCCGCUCAUCAUCACCGCUACCGGAAGCAUUGCCUCAAGGCAGCAAACUGAGCUUUACUCUAACGAUCGAUUCGGUUAAAGGGCUUUCCUCUCUCGACUUCGGUUCAGUUCACAUGCAAGUGCGACUGUCGGCCUUCAUGGGUCCGAGCGUGGCAGCUGAAGAUGUCUUCCCAUCUACUGUCAUCGACAUGGACAAUGCACCUUUGUACAAUCUCAAGUUGCGGAGAACAUUUUCCUUUGUCUUGAAUGCGAAAGUGACAGCAUAUAUGCGGCAAGGGUACGCGCCUAUUGAGUUCUUCGCCGAAGUCAAACCGAGCUACAUUGAACGUUUGGAGCGAUGGGACGAGAUGCGGGAACAGCAUAUGCAAAAGGAAUUGCGUUCAACUCGUCCUGCACAAAUGCGACGUGCAGAAACCGAUUUCGUCGUGGAAGAGCGGCAUGACGUUGUUGCAUGGGUGCAGGUCCGCGAGCUGACCUCCAGUGGUGAAUAUCAAGCGGUGCCAGUCCUUUCACAAGGACAACUUGACUCCGGUGUCUUCCUUUUGCGACAAGGUUUGCAGCGAAGACUGGCCCUGACUCUCACAUGUCAUUCUGGAAAGCAAAUGCCUUGGAAGCAGAUCACCCGUAUUAAUGCGGGAAAAAUCCGUUUGUUGGACGCCAAGGGUCGAUUGCAUGAUCCAUCAACAGCUGACGACAGAGUCGAUCUGAAGUUGCUCAAGCCACAAACAGUAGAUUUAAAGCCUGAUGGCAGUGCGACACUCCAUGCAGAGGCAUCUUGGGACUCAUCCGCCCAUGAUUCACUUCUUCUUAAUCGCGUUACUGGCAUUCGACAGCGUGUUUUGCUGCAGCUCGAUUGGAUGGUAGAGAUUGAUACAUGCGCUGAGCCUGCCCUUUUCACUACAGAUAUUGCGGUCGAUAUACAAGAACGGGACGCAAGACCGCCUUCUAUGCUCACCGGUCUUUUCUCGUCCACGAAAGUCUUAACAAAAUGCAGUGCAAUUUUCUCUCUGCGCCUCACCCCACAACUCAGCCGCUCUGCCAAAGACAUGUGGCGGCUCGACACUUCCGAGAAAUAUGUACGAGGCGAGGAGGUACUUGCUUCUUGGAAGCCACGUGGCGUUUCGGUCGUCGAAGACUACAUCCGUCUAGAUAAUGUGGAGCGUCGCGCCGCAGACGUACAAGCCAUCAAGAUCCUUUUGGAUGCAUCCCCCACAUGCGGUGCAAUGGAAAGGACGCUAAGUGAUGAAGAGGCCACUGAUUUGUUACGCAAAACAAUGGAUCUCUGGACCAGACGAUCCGUCCCACGCCCUGAGCUCCAAUUCAAACUUGUGCAGGAACCAUCGUCACCUAUGGAAGAAUCUGAGGACAUCGAUCAAGCUCCUAAACCGAAACUGGUCGCUCAUACAAAGCUUAUUGCACGAAGUGAUACCGCUACCAAGAAGGGUCACCUUUCGAUGCUGAUCGACCCUGCGGGAAACUCGUGGAAACGACGUUGGUUCGUCCUGCGCAGGCCAUACUUGUAUAUAUACGCGCAUUCAAAUGAGCUGGAAGAACUAUCUGUUAUUGCCCUCAACGGUGUAAACGUGGAACAUAGCUCCCAGCUUGCGGUGUUGUUUGAUAAACCGUUCACUUUUACCCUGUUCACUGCUUCAAAUUCCCAUGCUCUCGCUGCUCCAAAUGCGAAAGAGCUGCAGUCAUGGAUGAUCAAGCUCGAUCCCACUCGUUUACCUUCCUAAGUCAUUCCCGCCAUUUAUUCCCUUCAAGUAAGUAAACGCUUCGCAUUCCCCAUUGCUUCUGCCUAUGUAUCCUCCAUGAGGCGGUCC